AUGCCUCCUUCCCGAUCCAAGACUCGACACAAAAAGGUUGGGAAAGAGAAAGUGUUGAAUUGUGAGAAAAAGGCAAGCUCCCCAGGAGAUUCAAAGAUCCACUGUCGGAGACGGUGGGAAGGUAAGAAUAAAGGCCAGCUGAAGGGCAAAGAGUCAUUGCUUGAACAAGAUGACAGCCUUGAAGAGGAUCCCUUAAAAAGCCAGAGGCCGGUGAGGCUUCGGGGAAGCAAAGAAAAUGGCCACAAGAAGUUAUUCCGAGGGAAAAGAAUGUAUGAUAGAAAUGAUAAAAGAGAAUCUGGUUUGGGGAGAAACCAUGGAGAACAGUUAGUGUCCAAGUUGGAGGGGAAAAAAGGAAAGGCCUGCAAGCAACAGGAAAUUACAUCAGGACAAGAAAGUGAGGACAGUAGUGAUAUGGAGGAAAAGGCCACCAAAACCAGCAAGAAACACAGUUUUAAAAAGAAGUGUGGAAAGUGUCCUGCCGUUAAUCAAAAUGUCACUGAGUCAGAGUCUGUAAAGUCAACUGCAGCGCAAUGUGUUGAAGGCUCUCUUCAGAAACAUGACUUGCCGCAGAAGGCACACAACGGCAGGCAUAGGGAAAAGCACGAUGAGAAUAAUGGCUUUAAGGAAGCUUCUGAGCAGAAGUCAGGUUCUCAAUCCCAAGGCAGUAUGGCACAGGGAAAAGGUGAGAGAACUGGGAAAAAGCAAGUUGGAAAACAUACCAGGAUUAUUGUCACUGAAAGUGCAGAAGAAAAUAUCCUGGAAACCUCAGAUAACUCCUGCUCUGACUCCAGCAAUGAAGGCCAUUGGACCCAUAAAAAAGGUGCAAAAGAGACUGUAGUGGACAGCACUGCAAGCAGUGAAGAGAAGAGUUGUUCUUCAGAGGAAGAUGGCAUCAGUCAGAAAGAAGCCAUGCUUGAAGAUCCUCCUGUGUCUGAAGGAAAAGGCUUCAAGGAAUUGCUUGAUGAAAACAAUGAAGCAUCUAAUGAAACUGAAAGGGUGCACGUGACCACAGGUGGAAGAAAUGAAUCUGAGGAUGAAGGCACUGACUUUGCAGGAUUGGAGGCAGAGAAGAAAAUGAAGAAGCAAGAUGACAUGGCAAGACAACCAGAAUCUAUUCUAGCUGAGAGCAGUGAGGAAGAUGAUGAUGUAAACAUUUUAGGAUUCCAACUAAAAAGUCUUAAGAACAGAGAACAUGGCAAUAAUGAAGUAGGCAAGGAAAAUAUAUUAGAAAAUUACAAAGUUCAAGAUACGUCAAAAGAUGCACAUGAUAAUUCUGACAGCAAUGGGGAGAACAGCACUGAAGAGAGCAUUGACAAAGGAAAAGAAAAUGCAACAAAACAACCACUGCCUAGUGCUGUGAAAGCAAAACUCCACAUUCGCCUUAGCAAAGUACUUCCAGGAACUGAACAGGAAAAGAAGGUGAAUGAUGAAGGCAGCACACUGGAAGAUAGCCCCUUGCUCUCCAAGCAGCAGAUGACAUUGAAAGAGAAAUCUGGGAUGUGUGUGACUGCAGAACAAGCAUGGCUGAACUCUGAAUUGCUGCUGCCACGACUAACCAUUGAGAACCUAAGCAAAUGGGCCAUCUACAAGGACCCACAUCUGGCCAACAGCCAUGUGAUGAAGGUCUGCAAGGAUCAGUGGGAGGCAGAAGACAUCAGUGACAAUAUGCUAGAGAUGGAAUUCAUGCAGAAACAGGUGUACAUGUGUGAAGACCACCGUGUAGAAGUUGAGGAGAUUGAAGAUCUAACCAGACUGGAGUACGUGUUGUCAGUGACUUACAUUGGGCAAAUUUUGGUUUCUGUGAAUCCUUUCAAAGACCUCAAUAUCUACUCUGAAGAUGUGGCUACCCAGUACCACCAAGGGACUUUCUCAAAAAAUGCCCCACACAUCUUUGCCAUAGCAGAAAUGGCCUAUACGCUAUCCCAGUCAUCAGAGAAAGAGCAGUGUGUCAUCAUCAGUGGACACAGUGGAUCAGGUAAAACAGAAGCUGCCAAAGCAAUUGUGCAAUACCUGACUAUGUUGUACCAGAGAUCAGACAGCCACAGGAUCAGACAGCCCUGCAAUGUCCUACCCAUCCUGGAGAGUUUUGGGAAUGCCAGAACUAUCCUCAAUGACAACUCAAGCCGUUUUGGAAAGCUUCUGAACAUCCACCUGCGACAUGGCGUCGUGGUGGGAACAUCCAUCUCCCAGUACCUGCUGGAGAAGUCUCGUGUGGUAUUUCAGGCCCAUGGUGAGAGGAACUACCAUGUGUUUUAUGAGCUACUGGCUGGGCUGCCUGUGGAGCAGAAAGAGGAGUUGUACUUGCAAGAGGCAGAGUCUUACUUUUACCUGAAUCAGGGCAGAGCCUGUGACAUCCUGGGGAAGGAGGACAGUCAGGACUUUCUGGCCUUGGUGCAGGCUCUGGAGGGAAUUGGCCUCUCUGACGAUCAGCUGACCUCCACCUGGGCUGUCCUGGCUGCCAUUCUGCAACUGGGGAAUAUCUGCUUUACCUCCUACGAGAAAGAAUCCUAUGAACAUGCAGCCAUCGCCAGUGACACUGAGAUUCAGAUUGUGGCCAAUUUGUUGCGUGUCUCAGCAGAUGUCCUGCAAAGUGCUGUCACUCACCGUGUCACUGUGACAUCUUAUGAUCGGAUCUUCACCCCUCUGUCUGUAGAAGGAGCCAUUGAUGCCAGGGAUUCCAUUGCCAAGACUCUGUAUUACCUGCUCUUUGAGUGGCUGCUGCUGAGAAUCAAUGAGUGGCUGGCUCCCUGGGAAUCAGACUGUGCCGUGGGCAUUGUGGACAUACACGGGUUUGAGGAUCUAGGUGUGAACAGCUUAGAGCAACUCUGCAUCAACUUUGCCAAUGAGCAUCUCCAGCAUUUUUUCAGCCAGACAGUCAUUGCCCAGGAGGAGGAAGAAUAUAGCCAAGAGCAGUUAGCUUGGAUUCCUAUUUCCAAGAUGUACAGUGAUUCAUGCCUAGAUUUCAUUGCUGCAAAACCCCAUGGCAUCUUGCGUAUCCUGGAUGACCAGACUUCACUGGCUCAGGCCACUGACCACACUUUCCUCCACAAGUGUCAUUACCAUCAUGGGAACAGCCCUUGGUAUGCCAAGCCCAAGCUGCCUUUGCCAGUCUUCACUGUGAAGCACUAUGCAGGCCCUGUCACCUAUCAGGUCCGCAAGUUUCUUAAUAAAAACCGUGACCAGCUGCGUCCAGAGGUGCUGGAUAUCUUCUCUCAGAGCCGCCUCAAGGUGGUGUCUCACAUUUUCCAGAAGGCUAAAGCUGCCUAUAGUCAACAAAGGGAGCUGGGGACCAGAAGCAAAGGGCUCAAGCCUCAGGCCUCCACACUGGUGUCCAAAUUUCAGCAGUCCUUGCAGGACCUCACAGCCAAGCUGAGAAGGAGCCAUGCCUUCUUCAUUCGGUGCAUCACCCCUAAUCCCAAAAAGCUGUCAGAUAUCUUUGAUAUGGAGUAUGUCACUUGUCAGCUGCAGCAUUCUGGGAUACUGGAGGCCAUCCACAUUAGAAAAGAGGGAUACCCAGUCCGUCUUCCAUUCCAGAACUUCCUAGCCAGGUAUGGCCUCCUGGCUGGGCGAGGGCACAACUACUUGGAGGAGAGAGAAGGCUGCGCAGCAGUGCUGUCUCGUGUGGUGGGGAACUCCUCAGAUCUCUAUCAGAUUGGAGUAACAAAGGAUGUAGGACUGCUGGAGAUCCCUGCAGAGCUUGCUGCCCUCCUGCAAUUAGCUGAAGGUCAGCACCGAGCACAGGCCAACCAGAUAACUGAGGCAUUGCCUCCAGAAGUCAAGGUCAAAGAUGAUCUUUCCCUCCCACCCACCAUCAACAGCUAUCCUUUCUCUUCCUUCAUUAAGUCACACUUCCAGAAGACAGAUUUCCCUGCCCCUGGUCAGCCUCUGCAGCACCCAUUAACCCACCUGGAAGCUGAAUACCAGGAGAGCGCACUGGAGAUCAACAAACUGAUUUUGCGGUUCAUUGGUGACAAGAAUCUCCAUGGCUGGCAGGAGGUACUUCUGGGCAACUACAUUGCUGGGAGAGGUUUGAAUAAUGUGGCUCUGCGCAAUGAAAUCUUCAGUCAGGUGGUUGCCCAGACAUGGAAGAACCCAGACAUGGAGCACAGCCAGCGAGCUUGGGUCCUGAUGGCAACUUUGCUGAGCUGCUUUGCCCCUUCACCAGCACUGGAGAAGCCGUUGCUGAAAUUUGUGUCAGAUCAUGGCAUGGAGGGCUACAAUGCUGUUUGCCAGCGCAAGAUCUUGACAGCAUCACAGCACACAGAGACAGACUCUACAGUCUCUCGGGCCUACCCUCCCACCCAGCUGGAGUGGACUGCAAACCAGAGGAAAGGGAAGAUGGUGCUGGAUGUUCAUACCUUUAAUGAGGAGAAGUUCUCAGCUGAGGUCGAGUCCUGGAUGACUGGGGAGCAGUAUGCAGGCUGGCUCCUGAGUGCAAGGGGCUGUGAUAAGAAGUCUCGAGGGUGGUCUAUCUCCAUGUUUACUGGCAGCACAUGGCAGGACUUGCUGGGCUGUGACUUUGUGUUGGACCUUAUUGGGGAGAUGGAGGAGACCAGCAACCUCAGCAGCCCCUCUCAGUCCUCAGCUGACUACCCCAUCACUCCUGAAAGGGAUAGAAUGUUCCUCCAGAACUCUGACCUAGAUUACAGGAUCCCUCCUGCUCCAGGCAUCCAGGCCCCUACCUUCCCACCACCCAGCCUGCCUCCAGAAUUCAACGAUCUCCACCCAGAUCCAAGAUUCAGAGAUGACCUGAGGACCCCUGUAGGCUUGGAUCACUAUGUGGAUGAUCUCUUCAGCACUGUGCUGCAUCAAGGCUCUAGAGUACCAGAUAUGGAGAACAGGGAGAGUCUGACUGGACGCAUGAAAGGAGGUGGGAAGAUUGGACCCACACAGAGAGGAAUCUUUCCUUCUACAGGCUUCUCUGGAAUGACUCAAGCACCAGUUUACCAGCCCAUACCUUCGAUGAUGGGGGUGCCAGCAGCCAUGCCUAUGAUGCCAGCAGCUGGUGGGAUUGCACCUAUGCCAGCAAUGGUUAUGCCCCAGCCUGUGGCUCCAGCUGUAGAUCUCAAUCAGUUAACAGCACAACAGCAAGCCUUUAUCAACCAGCAAGCCAUGCUCAUGGCCCAGCAGAUGACCCUUCAAGCCAUGAGCAUUUCCCAGCAGCAGCAACAGCAGCGGUGGCAACAGUCUCUUGAGAACUCAAGGCCAAGAGUCUCUAGUCCACCACAAGCCCAAGCCCCAGCUCCAGCCUCUGCCCCAGCCACUGCCCCAAAACCCAAGAAGCCUCCCAGCAGCCAGAAUGCUGUACCACUACCAAAGGCUCCAGAACCGCCAGCUAAGGCAGAAGAACCGGUUUAUGACUACACGGAAGACCAGUUCUCCGACAGUGAAGAUGGUUACUAUGCUCGGGAAACAUUCCAGCAGAAGAGAGAAUAUUUUCAGAAGAUGGGAGAGCAACAGAUCCGAGUGAAGCAAGUCAGGCCUCCUUCCAAAACCUGGACCCCUCCAGCAAAUCCCCAGCCAAAGCAGGAGGAAGAGAAAGAACAAGAGAAGAGGAAAGAAGAGGAGAAGGAGAAGAGGAAAGAAGAGGAGAAGGAGAAGAGGAAAGAAGAGAAGCCCAGCCCUAAAUCAGAGGCAGCUCCUGCUCCCCCUUUGCCACCUCCUGAGCCAAAGCCAAAAAAGCAGAUGCCAAAAGCAAAGAAGGAGCCACCUGUAGUGAAGCCUUCAGGCGCCGAGUCACGGCCUGCACCCAGCCGGGAGAUCCGCAACAUCAUCAAAAUGUACCAGAGCAGGCCAGCCCCCGAGCCCCAGCCUAUUGAGCCUGUCAGGAGAGUGUCCAAGCCGUUUGUGAAGAAGAACGACCCCAAAAAUGAGGCUUUGGCCAAGCUGGGAAUGAUGAACCUUCAAUCUCCCAAAUCACCCACCCCCCUGCCACAAGAGAAGAGAACACCUCCACCUCCCAAGCCCAAACCAGGCUCAGCUUCCAGCUCUAUCAAGGAGAAGCAGUUGCCUCUCCUGUCCAUCUUCAGCCAGGAGAAUACCCCACCAGGUUCCCAGGCUCUUCCUGCUCCCCCUCCUCCCCCACCACUGCCUUCGCCUCUCCUGCCUGGGAGCCAAGGCUGGCAGGAAUCCCCAGGGAAGGACUCUACUGUAACAGUAGCAGAAGAUGAUGGUAUCAAGACCCAGCUGUACAAGCUCGCUGCCAGUGUCAGCUUUUCCUAUGACAACCCUGCCUGGAAAAUCUUUCUGCGCAAAGAGGUGUUUUACCCCAAAGAAAAUUUCAGUCACCCUUAUUGUCUGAACUUGCUGUGUGAACAGAUCAUGCGUGACACCUUCUCUGAUUCCUGCCUUCGGAUCUCCAGGGAGGAGAAACGCAAGAUGAAAGACCUGCUGAUGGAGUUCCGGGUCGGCAACGAUGUCCAGUCCAUUCAGGAGGAUGGGCUAAAGAAGAGGAUUGUGCUGGCUGCUCGGGAUAACUGGGCUAACUAUUUCUCCCGUCUUUUCCCAGUUCAUGGCGAAAAUGGAAGUGAUGUCCAGAUCCUGGGUGUUUCUCACCGGGGCAUGAAGCUGCUGAAGGUGGUGAAAGCAGCUGGCUAUAAUCCUGAGCACCUGAAGAUUCUUCACAGCUACAGCUUUGCAGAUGUGCUGUCAGUGGAACUGAAGGGCAGCAAUGCCCUGGAGUUCUCUCUGAAGACAGAGCAGCUCUUCCUGCACUCUCCGAAGGCUCCGUGCAUCAAGGCCAUGGUGGAACUCUUCAUCCAGGAGCUGAGGCAGGACACCAACUACGUCGUUGCUCUGCGCAGUUACAUCACGGAUGACAAGAGCCUUCUUAGCUUCAAGAAGGGCGACCUCAUUGAGUUACUGCCCAUGCAAGGCGUGGAGCCAGGCUGGCAGUUUGGCUCCACUGGUGGCCGCUGUGGUAUUUUCCCCACCAGCCUGGUGCAAUUGGCUGCAGCCCCUGAUUACCUCAGCACCACCAUGGACAGAUGUGGAGGGCUGCGGAAGAGCAUGAAAGCUUCCCCGGAGAGCAGGAACACCAGCAGGGAGAGUUCUGUUCCCAGCCUGACAUCAGAACCCAACAGCAUCAUGUUAGUCCCUGCUGGUGAUCAUUAUACCAUGAUGGACUUUGCCACAGCCUACUUCCGAGAGGCUCAGUCCAUGCAGGGACUGAAGGGGUUGUCUGCUGAAAAGAAGAGUGCAGCUGACCUGGUCCAGCACACCAAGGUCCCAGUCCAGGAGUCUUUGCUCUGGUAUUCUGACAGUGAGCUGAAUGAGCUUGCUACAAAAAACUUCAAGACUCUGAUGCGAUUCAUGGGAGAUCAAUCAAAACUCAAGAACCAGAAUGAGGUUGAAUGCAUCUAUGAAAUCCUUCAGCUGUGCAAGGAGAAGGAGAGUUUGCAUGAUGAGGUCUACUGCCAGGUCAUCAAACAGGUCACCCACAACCCUAAUCAGGAGAGCGUGCUGCGUGGUUGGUUGCUCCUAAACCUGCUAACUGGGUAUUUCCUUCCUUCUAACAUUCUGAUGCCCUAUGCCACCAAGUUUCUGCAGCUAGCCAGCAGUGAUCCAUCCAGUACCCACCAUGAUAUAGCCAAGAUCUGUCAGAGCAACCUGCGGAAAAACUUCAUGUACGGGGGCCGUCGCCACCUUCCUUUCCCUGUGGAGAUAGAGGCAUUGCUGAAGGGGCGCGGUGCCCGCCGGCUAGUGAUACUGAUGCCUGGAGGCAUAGAAUACCUCACCAGAAUCAAGACAUUCACUGUGGCCAAGGAGCUCUUGCAGGAGAUCUGUGAGCAGAUGGGGGCAGGCAAACAGGAAGAGAUAGAGGAAUUUGUUCUUUUUGCCAUCAGGAGUGACAGCAAUAAUCUCGAUAAAAUGGCGAGGCCGAUAAGAUCAGAGGAGUAUCUUCAUGAUUACCUGCUGGAGGACCAGUCAGUCACUGUGACUUUACGCAGGCUCAUCUGGAGGACACCUUUGCACUUUGAGAACAAAAUUUAUACUGAUGUUCAUUACGGACAGAUGCUGUGGGAUUACCUGAAUGGGAGGAUACUGUUGAGCUGUAGUAAGGAAAUGGAGAUGCAGGUGGGCAUUUUGGCGAUGCUCCAGCACUGGGCCCAAACAGAGCAGCAGAAUUCUGCUCCUUCCAGGGAAGAGCUGAAGGAGUACACACCAAAGACCCUGCAGUCGUCCAUCAGUCCCCAGGCUCUGCAGAACCAUAUUGGCAUGCUGCUGAGAACCAGGCAGCCCCUCCAGCCAGUGGAUGCAAAAAUCCAGUUCAUAGAGCACAUGAUGAAAUUGCCUUUCUUUGGCUACAGUAUCUACUUUGUUGAGAGAGUCAGCGAUGACACAAUCUCUGUGCCCUGUUUCUUUGGCGUGAAUAAAGAAGAGAUCAUUGUGGUGGAUAGCACCACUCAGGUGGUCUCCCGCGUCAUUCCAUUGAAAGAGCUGCAGAAGAUGCGAACCCUGCGGCCUAUGUCUGACGGUGGGCUUCCCGGCAUAGAACUGAACUAUGGCUCAGCUGCCAGCCCCAAGACUAUGUGGCUUGAACUGUCUCAGGCUAAAGAAAUGUAUCACACAGUUGUUGUCAUCCUGGAUAAAACAGAGCUGCACCACUAAAGCCUAAGAGGAGGAG